AUGAUGCAACAGAAUGCGGUAGGUAACAGUUACAUGUGCUACAGGUGACCCAGCAAAGGGCAAGCUGUUGGGGUUACCAGCCUAGAAGUAGCGCACAACGCAAGCUGUGGGCUAAUUUUGUCUGGUCUAAUGACGGCCUGUCACCACUAUCGCCUAAAGAAAUGACUAGUGAAAUGACUAAUUGUUUGAAGAACGUUCGUGGAAGCAGAACCCAAGGCAUGGAACCGGUUGGCAUCAUUCUUUAAGAAGUGACAGCAAUUUAUUGUGUACAAUUAGCUUUCACGUUUCAUCAACAUGUUGCUCAUGAGGUGUAUCAUUAGAUGUUAAGAGAACCAUACAUUUUUUGUGACAUUGUACAUUAUAUUGUAUCAAGAGAGGUUGAGGCGUCCCUUGUGAUUAUGUAAGUUAUUUUGUUGUGGAUCUCACUGAUAUUUUAAACAACGCAGUUUCUUUAGUAAGUGCUUUCUAAAAAGGAUUCUCUUGCUUUUGUUACACAGGAAGGAAGUACGUGUGUGCACAUCGCAGCAAUGAAAGGCAGUGUAUCGGUGAUGAAAGAACUUCUGAAAUUCAACCCUUCAGGAAUCACGACAGCAAGAAAUAAGGUAAAUGACGGGAGAACGGAUUCUCUUCCCUUACACAGAGGUUACAGCCAUUCUCUGUGACGCAAUAAACAUCAACACCGGAAACAGAGUUUGUUGUUUAUUAGUUAGGACAGAAGAAGCAUUUGUGGUGGUUGGAAAAGUUUCCAAUUUUUUUUUAGUAAACUCUCAAUGACAUACUUUAAUUCUGUUAACAGCGUAAGUUCGCUACGCCCUUAUUACUUGCGGCCAGCGGAGGACAUAAAGCUGUUGUGGAAGUGUUGAUUGCUCAUGGAGCCUCAGCAAGUGACGAAGAUGCGGUGAGUACCAAAUCCAGUGCUGAGUUAAAUUCAAAGAACAAGACGUUCUUAACUCGAGAUAUGAUGUGGACGACUUAUUCCGACUAGACCGUCGCGCAUACAGGCGCGCGUCGUAGUAAUGAGCUUCUCACCUACUCCAUAAAAAAGUAAUCUUACUUAUGCCAAUCUCUUUCUUAUCAAAGGACUUUCAGGUAAACGUUGGCGCAAGAAAAAUCGCUAUAACUAAACGUGUUUGUUUUUUGUUCUCCUUUGUCUGCAUGUAGGACGGCAUGACUGUUCUUCAUCUGGCUGCGAAAUUUGGUCACGUGGACGUGUUAGAAGUUUUACGCGGGAAAGUACCUUGGAGCAUGGCGAGUGUCAAGGUAAAGAUGCUUAUUUACUGCCAUGUUUUUAUUCGUACUCAGUCUGGGACCUUAAGCAAAUGUUGUACUUCUUUGGGCUUUUAUACGACUAGCCGAAAACUGUUAAAUAUGUAAGUAAAUAAACGAGGUGGAAAUCACUUUGUUCUAUAGAGCAAGCGAAAUAAUUGUUGCGCUUGUAACAUAUGAGGUCAAAUCCUGCAAUCGUGAGAUAAUCAGAUUGGGUGAUACUGGUUCCCCCAAGCCCCAUACCUGACUCUCUCUCUCUUUCACUACAAUUUUUCACACUGAACAAUUUGGCCGUGACCUCAUGAAGCCGACUACCAUUUGUCUGGUAUCAGUCUAAACACCACGUGUAUUAAGUUGACUGACCCUCAGAGUAACAGGGACUCCAUAUCACAACAUUAUGAAUUGAGUUAAUAUAUAUUGCUCAGAUACUAAGUCCUUGCAAAAUGCCCAUAAUAUUCUCGUGAGAUUGAAAUAUAUUUUACUAAGCUCAAAGGUUUUAAAAAGUAAAAACACCAGACUUGAGUCAUCUUCAGGGUGAUCGUGACUUAAUUAGUCGAAAUUAUCUUUACAAAAUAUUCAGCCUCAGCUCGUAUUUAUCCUGAUUGCAGAAAUGUUGUUUAUGGAUUUGUUUUUUGUAGACUGGCCUUUCCGCUCUCCAUGUAGCUGCUCAGUAUGGUCAGAUUGAAGUCGUCAGAGAAAUGCUGCUCAAAGUUUCUGGAACUAUAAGAAGCGAGUCUCCUGCAAUGGUGGAAAAUGAAAAAGGACCGCGCUCGGAUGUAAGUUGACUAUUCCAAAACAUAUCCAGCUGCCGGGAGCAGCUUUAUUUGCAGGCUACAGCCUCUCUGAACUUUUUUUCAAAUCCAAAAGGACUUAGAGCGACUUGAGUAUUACGUCAACUAAAUCAAUAGUUACUCCUACUUUACAAAUUAAAACAACAUUACAGCAAAUUGUAGGCCAGUAUCUUUCAGUUGAAUCAGAUUAAACUAACAGAUUUCAUUUAAAAACUCAAAAGUUAGAACCACUUUGAACAGCGUAGGAAACAUUGCCACAGAUUAUAACUAUACUCAGUAUCUUUCAUUUCAGCGGAGUCGCCGUGCUGUUUUAUUGCCUUUCUCUGUAGAAACAUUGAUCAUUAUCUCACUUUUUUUCAGUAUUUCUUUACUCCGCUUCAUCUAGCCGCUCAGUCUGGUCACGUGGGUGUUGUUCGAUUACUACUGAACUCACCAGGGGUGCGUGUGGACUCAGCAACUGCUGUACAGGUAAAUAAUGUACACGUCAUUCGCUUAAUUGGACUAAGUCAUUGCGUUAAAAAGCUUCUGUAUUCAGCACAAGGUACUGAUUGAGGACACUUUUUUACUUCUGCUUCUGGAAAAGGCACCGCUAUCUCUGCUAGUCAUUUUUCAUUCGAGGUUUUUCUGUGUGCUUCUAGAACAAGAACUAUAUUUUUACUGAACAAGUUCGCAGUGCGUUUUCUCAGCAGUUUUGGCCAAUAGGCUUACGCGUUCGUUCCUGUUUAUCGCUUCGCAGUCAGAAACCAUCUUUAACUAGGGCUUGUAUUUCUCCGAUGUAGGGUUCGAUUCCUCUUCAUUUGGCAGCAGAGAAUGGUCAUUCAGAGGUUGUUAGUAUUCUAUUAAGUAAAUCAACCCUACAGCUUCAUGUAAAGGACAAGAUGGGCAGAACAGCUAUGCACCUUUCUGCCGCCAAUGGACACAGAGAACUUAUUUCACAACUGAUAGGACAGGGCGCGGAUAUCAACGCACCUGAUGAGGUAAGUGUCGACGACCGCGUGUACGGAUGGGUUUUUCGUGUUCCGGAAAGAUAAUCCACAGAAAGAUUGUUACAUAUUCCAUCCAUCGUGGUUUUGGAAGCACUGAAAUGUUACAUACGUUUGAAUAGUGCACGUUUCUGCGCUGAUUGAUCCAAAAAACAUCCCUUUCGUUUUUCUUAUUUAAAUAAAUAAAUAAAUAAUGAUUUGGAGGUGCACAUCCACAAAGUGGUUCUUCGUCUACCUGAUUCCUGGUCGAACUGGAAUUUUUCUGAGGAGAGGGGAAAACCUCUCGGAGCAAAGCAGAGAAGCAACAACAAACUCAAACCAGAUACUUUGGCGUCGAAGCCGGGACUUGGUGGGAGGCGAGCGCUCUCACCGCUGCGCCAUCCCUUGCUAUCCCCGUACUCCCCUUCUUAUUUCAGCAUAUUGUCAAUUAAUCGCGCCCAAAGAGGAACAUGUCCUUAGGGACGGACUAUUAGAAAUGUUAUGGGGGCAGUAGGGAAUUUUCGAGCCUCGUGAAUUUUUUUCGUUAACAUUUCUCUUGUAUGAAUUUUUUUAGCCUAGUGUAUAAAUACUUGCUAGGGUUACUUGGCGUUCAUUCAUUUAAUUUUCCCUGGCGUGAAUAUUUUUUUGGUACUUCGUCCCCCCCUCCCCUCCCCCAUGAUCCGUUCCUUCUUUUGUAUUAUUUAUAUUUAGACCAACAUAGACCAAGCUUUGUGGCCUGGCUUCAGGAUCGUGACGUCAUUAUUUUGGUCACCUUUCAUCCCCGUAUGAUGUUUCCCAAACUGUGUGUUUGAUUUUACAUAGCCAGAUUUUAAAAAAUUAUCAGUUAAUGUGAUUUUAGAAAUCCUCGGUUUCUUUUUAGAAUGGAUAUGCACCAAUGCACAUGGCGGCCGAAGCUGGUCACGUAGAAGUUAUAAAAUUGCUGGUCGAAUCUGGAGCAUCACCGCGGGCGGAAUCUCUGGUGAGUUGAACUGUGAUAAAAGACGGAUCGAAACGCACCAAUGACAUAACGAGUCUUCAUAGCCAAUAACAUUACGCCUUAACUGACAGACGACCAAUGACAUUUCCACUUAAUUGACCAAUCAAAUCAAUAACCAAAGUUUAUGACCAACAACUGACUUGAUACAACUCACUGUGACACUGACGAUGACUACCGCACAGGUUGUCGAAACGUCAGUCACUGUCAACAAUAACAGUCCUAUUCAGGCUUACGUUCACCCGGACGAUCAUGCUCAGCCUACUUAUGUUAUGCAGAUUAUAUUGCGAAUUUUAGACUCUCGUUUAUUGUGACUGGACAAUCCAACAGAUCAACAGCUUUGAAAGUCAAAGUAUUCCGCAGUUGGGUAUUGUAGUUGUGUCAUGCGCUUUUUUGUUGAUUCAUUCAUUCAUUCAUUCAUUUUUUAGUAGUAUUAUUACGUUUCUCUUACUUUACAGGAAGGAAAGUUUGCUAUUUGCUACGCGGCUAUGCAAGGUCACCUUGCAGUUGUCAAGUAUCUACUGCAACAGGAGCUCAGCACUGAGCGAUUGCUAGCUGACAGAAAGGUACUUAAUUACCAAUUAUUGUAUACACGGGUCAGGUUCUAAAUCUGGUCAUUACAGGAAGAAAACGUUGACCCGAAGUGUCUGGAGCAAAUGCACUUUUGCACAGAAAUUUUUGUUAACAUUUACCCUUCCACAAAACAAGAAGUAGAAAUAGUCCAUAUAACAUGAUAAUUCCUAAUUGCGGCUGGAACUCGAGAAAGUUGUCAUUUAAGUAACUCAUCGGUUCAUUUUACUAAAAUUCUAUGUCGAUAAUUUUACGUUGUAUUUCUGGUGCGUGUAGCUUCUUACUUCUGUGAUCUUCUAUCAUAAAAGCCUAAUGGCGUAGUGCCGUUACAAUUGCUUAUUAAGUUAGCGGUGUGCUAGUAUGAUUGAGUCUACAAGGCAAGCAACACAUUUGUCAUUGAGGUUGUUUUUGUUGUUUUCCCACAGUUUCUCUUCGAUUUAAUGGUUUGCUCGAACCUGAACGAAAGCGAGUCAGUUAUUGACUUCAUUCUCCAAUGCCCCGCUCCAAUCUACGCCGCGGCCAAGCUCUCUAAACACUAUCGUAACGAGUCCACGCGGGAGAAAGAACGCGCGCGUGACUUAUUGGCAGCUGGCGAAGUUUGUGAGAAUAUAGCUUCCGAGCUGCUGUCUCUCGCAUGCGCAGACAGCCCUGAAAAACUGCUGACAGCUAUUGAUGACCGCGAUGUACCAUUUCUGGAUUACCUUAUCGAGUGUGAACAGAAGACUUGCGUAUCUCACCCGUCGGUUCAAGUUUACCUCGGGGAUGUAUGGCGCGGUGACUUCAAGUGGGACGACUGGAAAUACUUCUUGUUGUUUAUACUGUGUUUGAUAUGUCCACCGUUAUGGGCGUUUCUCUGCCUUCCGUGGAACGAUCGAUAUCAUAAGAUACCCAUUAUCAAGUUUAUUUGUCAUCUCAUUUCGCAUUUCUACCUCAUUGCACUGUUUAGCUUCACAGUCGUGGUCCCUUGGGAGGAGUUAACAGGUACCAGUCUCCUUCCGCAGUGGUACGAAUGGCUUUUAUUGAUCUGGUUAUCAGGAUUAUUAUUAUCUCAGCUCACGGACCCACAUGAUCGCGCAGGACUGGGCUGGAUCCCGGUCAUUGUACUAUUCCUAAGCACAAUUGGCAUUCUGCUUCAUUUAACAGCGUUUGGUUUUCAAGGUGAUGCUCGAAUCGACGUCAUUUACGCUCGGAAUCAGUUCUUCGCGACGUCAAUGAUGCUUUGCUUUGCUCAGCUGCUGGAUUUUCUCUCAUUUCAUCAUUUAUUCGGUCCAUGGGGAGUUAUCAUCCGGGACCUUAUGUAUGACCUCGUUCGUUUCCUGGUUAUUUUGUCAAUCUUUAUGGUGGGUUUUACGGCUCACUUAGCAGCAGUGUAUCGGCCCAUGAAACAAACUGGAACAGGAAACGGACUACAACAUACCCCAGUGGAUUUCUUCCGCUGUUUUGAGCUGCUAUUUUUCAGCUUAUUUGGACUGACUGAGGUUUCAAAGCUAAAAGAACCGGAAUCCAUAGACAAUGCCACGUUUAUACUGGCAAAGGCUACGUUUGGAAUCUAUAACGUGAUAACAAUUAUUGUCCUCAUUAAUCUGCUGAUAGCGAUGAUGAGUGAUACUUAUCAACGUAUUCAAAUGCAGUCGGACAUUGAGUGGAAAUUUGGUCGCGCGAAGUUGAUUCGUAACAUGAAGCGUUCCACCACAACCCCCUCCCCCCUGAAUCUCGUAACGAAAUUCUUUUCCUACUUGCGUCUGAUGUACAAGUUGAAGUUUAAAUGUUGCCGCGCGAGUAUCAUCGACAUUAUUCGAACUGACGAACAGCUUCCCGACAGCACGUCGAUGAAUCCAUUGUACGAAACUUCAAACACUUGGCUUCCAAACGGAGGUCUACCGCAGCAUCGAAAUAGCAGUCAAAGAAAUACUCGAAUCGAAGACGUUAUCGACUGGAAGGUCCUUGUUAAGAAGUUUUUGAUUCUAAGAACUAGCGUAAACGAAGUAGUAACGAAUACUCAAGCCACUCGCGGCGAUAAGACAUUUUCCCCUAGGAACUCACAAGUAAACCUGAGGACAAGGGCAGAGACCAUAGGCUUAGGUCGGCCAGGAACUUCAAUGGGAUCUAGUAUGUCGCUUCAUAAACUUUUCUCGGCUACAGUAAAAAAGAUUGAUGUUGUUUCAAAUAUGAAAGACGCCAACGACGCAUAA